ACUUGGAUUCAUUCAAUAGUCCUUUAUGGAUUUGAAUUAUGGAAUCCUGUACGCCAGAUAGGUAUAGGAUAAAAUGGGCCGAGUAUAAGAAAGAAAAAGUACCGUAUCUACUGCAGUCAUUUGACGGAGAAUGCCCAUUUAUAUGUCUUAUUAACAUUUUGUUCUUGAAAAAGAAGCUGGUCCUGCCAGUUAAUACAAAGUACGUCUCAUUUUCUUAUUUGACGCAGUCGAUAUCCUCGGUGAUUCCCGAUGAAGACCCCGAAUGGGUCUCUGACAUACUCAAUUCACUCCGGAAGGGGCUAAUAUUUAACUGUAGAUUUGACUCUACAGAUGCGAUUAUAGAAGACGACCCAGCGCGUUUAUUUAAACUCUUUGACAUACCAGUCAAACAUUGCUGGAUUGCCGAUCCAGAACACUACGCGGUCUUAACGAGGUUCAACUACGAUGAAGUACAGAGUUUACUCGCCAUCCACCAGAGCAACGAUGCUGUGGACCACGGAACGAGGAGGGAAUUUGACAGCCAGGAGACCGCAGUCAUUCUUGACUUCUUUGACAAGUACGCCACUCAACUAACUCAAUUGGGUGUCGCUACUCUAAAGACGGAGGUUGAGCCGGACUCUCUCAUUGCUCUUUACAGGAACAACCACUUUUUGGUGGCCACUUUACACAAUGGAGAGCUCUAUUCUCUGGUUUCUGAUUCAUCAUUCUUGUAUCACGGCUGUAUUUGGGAGUCGGUUGAGACGUUUUCGUAUUUUGACGACAAGUUUGAGCCUUAUACUUCGGAACCAAAGGCGAGGCCUGCGAGGAAGCCUACACUUAUGGAGAGGAUUAAGCAAUAUUUCAGGGAUAGACGUCUCAAGAAAGCGCAGGCUAAUGCUCAACAGAGUGCUAGAUAGGCCGGAAUCUAUUUGUAACUUUAGUGUUUAUUUCUACUGAGA